CUCCAGGCGGCUGGAAUAACUAUUUAUGGACAGGAGGUUUCCUUGAUAUGCGCUUAUAGAAAUGGCGUUCGUUUUGAGUAUUCGGUGGAUUUUCACCUAUUUAAUUCCAUAUCGUGGGAGUUUGACAUCUUUGAAACAAGCUUACUCCGUCCUCCAGACGCGAGUUCAUUUCGAACCGUUCUGCUCCACCACACAGAUGAUCUAACUAACUAACAAGGCGUUAGUAAUCAAUUGCGUGAUGCUGACUUCGCCUGCCCAUCGAUAGGGCGCAGCUCUCUUCCGAACGAAGGAUGGAGUGGUCUCUGAGCCAUGCCACCCGUCAGGAGGUCUAUCCUCUCUCUCCUCGAAGAGUGAAAGGAAUCCUCCGUGCUCGGACUUUUGUCUGAACCCCAGCAGUCCAGGGCCGUUCAUGUGGCAUGCCGGCCCUCCGUUGUUUUUUAACUCGCGAAAAGGCGCGGCGGGCAGGGCGGGAAAUCAAUGAUCAUGCGAUGCUUUGGAAGCGGUUUCAUGCCGUGUCGAUCUCCGACGAAUCCAACCUUUUUCAGCUCAUAUCCAAACCCGGGAUCCUCGUAUAAAACGGAGUCUAUUGGAAAAUGACGGAAACCUUCAGGCGAUCCGAGGUUUUCUUCCCGAGAACGAAUAAUGAAAAGGUAAUCGCACCGACAGAGAACCGAAGCUCCGUCCUCCGUCCAUAUAAGCACAGAGGAUGUGUUCGGAGGAUUGGAAAGUGUCGUUUACAUCAGUGAGCUUGAAGUGCUUCGCCUGCCGUGCUACCAUCCAAGCCCAAACUGUACGUGUAAUUACAUACCAAACUUACCUGUCAAAUACGCGGCUGCCACGGGGGAACGUGGGGGGCAGAGAAACUCGAAAGUUCCAACCCUCCCAAGCGAACACUCGACGACUGUUCCAUCCGCCUUCUGCCGACGUUCCAGAAGCCUUCCUAUUAGCGCUAUCGCUCAAUGCUACUGGAACGGGAAUGGAGGACUCGCUGCCCCGGUGUCCAGAGCAUCCUUGCUCUUAUCCAUUAUGCCAUAUUGGCCAACUCCAUCGAUUUUGCCGCUGCUUUACGACGUAG